CUUCCUCCUCCCAACCCUCGACAUCUUCUCGUCUUCGACAACCACCAUCUUCCAAUCUUCAUUGAGCCUUCUUGGGUCCAUCCCUUUGGCUUGAGAAAUAUCUUCCAGGCUCCUCCUACAUCCUUCUCUUACAUUCACUUCACUUCCCUUGUACUACCACUUGUACAUCCUUGUACUGCUAGCAUGGCUUCGUAUAUUCUCUCCUCCAGCCCGGUCCAGCCUGGCAGCGCGGGCUAUGCUUCGUCGCCUCCUGGAACCGUCAGCCCGACGACGACAGUCACCCAGUACUCGCCGGUCGCUGUCCGCAAUGGUGGCAACAGCAACCAGACCAAGCUUGUCGAGUUCUUCAGCAAUGAGAUUCAUCCGGCCGACCCUCUCUUCAAGUCUAGGUAUCUCCGGGUGGAUGGCUUCAUCGAUCCUGAGCAAGCUUUGUCUGCCGUCGAACGGGCCAUCAAGGAUGUAAGUCUCCCUCCUCCCUUUCUCAUUCAUCAUCAUCAUUACCAUCAUCAUCUUGUUCUUGUCUCCCAGUCAUGUACUCUCCCAUAUGAUCCAUCCUUCUCCACCGCGGUCUUGAGUCUUCUUGUCUUGAUAUACUUCUUCGUCUCUGUUUCGAGCACAUCUGACAAGAUAUCAGUGCACCAGCGGCAUCUUCAAUCGUGCUGUCCCUCUUCAGGUCGAGAAACGCUCGCCUACAGGGUCUACCAUUCACGUCCUCAUUCGAUUUGACGACAUCAAUGAUUCUUCUGUCUCGCUGAAGUACCUGCGUGAUGUCGGCUUCCUUGCCUCGCAGAUCUCCCAGAGGGAGUUCCAUGUCGCCAAGUUUGGAAAUGACAGGUCCGCCAAUCCUCAUGAGGGGCAGGUCAAGUUGGUGAUUGCCACAAACAAUGACAUGAUGCUCGAGGAGUUCCCCAAAGUCAUUGAUCUCGCGCGUCGUUUCUGCGAGCAGUAUGGACCAACGCAUGCGAUCCAGCGUCUGACGAACCGAGAU